AUGGAUUUGUUGAUUUUUGCUGUAAUUGCCUUCUUCAAAGAGGCCUGUUUGACCAAGGUUGGCUUCUUGGGUGCGAUAUACCUUUUCCCCCUCUUUGUAGAUGCUGCAGCUUUCGCUGCGUGCCUUGGAUUUGGUGCUUUAGUCUGUAAACCCUUUGUCUUUCCUUGAGCCAUGAAAAAGAAGAGAUCGACCGAGUAGCGUUACGUAAUACCUAACCUCAACGUCGACCGCGUUCCGUCCAAUACCGAACUGUUCAUCCUCGACAUCUUCUUUGCUCGCUGGGGACCGAUGACUGCCUCAGCUAGCCUUCUGCGUGUGCAACGCGCCAUCUCACGGUCCGGAAAGAGGACAUAUCACGACCUCACCACCCUCCCCAACCAUAAACCCGUCAUCUCGCAUGGUCCUCCGGGAUACAGCGCAACUUCCGGUCAUGUUGUUACUGUUUUUGGUUGUACCGGAUUCUUAGGAAGAUAUCUCAUAUCUAAGUUGGCGAAAAUGGGCACUCAAGUUAUCGUACCGUACCGUGACGAAGACGACAAGAGACAUUUGAAGCCCAUGGGUGAUUUGGGUCAGAUUGUUCCUAUGGAAUGGGAUAUUAGGAACGAAACCCAGAUUGCUGAGUGCCUUAGACAUUCGGACAUUGUUUUCAACCUCGUCGGUAGAGAUUAUGAGACCAAAAACUUUACAUAUUCUCAAGUCCUCGCCGAAGGUGCUCAUAGAAUCGCAAAGGUGGCAGCGGACGUUGGAGUUCCCCGUCUAGUUCAUUUAUCACAUCUCAACGCUUCCCACAAUUCCAAGUCGAAGUUCUAUCAGAGUAAAGCCGAGGGUGAAGAACUCGUGAAGGAAGCUUACAAUGGCGCAACCAUCAUUAGACCUGGUGCCAUGUACGGAUACGAAGACAAGUUACUGAACAACCUGGCGGCCUGGCCGAUGUUUUGGAAGUUGAACGACGCUCGGACCAAAACACGACCUGUCCAUGUUCUGGACGUAGCUCAAGCUUUAGCCAAUCUCGUACACGGUUCGCGACUGAGCCGCACUGUGAACCUCCCUGGUCCAUCGACACUCACUCACGAGUAUCUCUUGGACUUGGUAUCGUCGCUCACAUUCCAACCCGAGUCUCGGGUACCUGUCGUACCGAAAUCCGUUGCUUUACUAGCAGCUCGAAUGGCUCAAAUUCCUUGGUGGCCGAUGCUAAGUCCAGAUGAGGUUGAGAGACGAUACAUAGAUGACGCUGACACCAAUGGAGACUGGGACGUGGUUGGUGUUACGCCGGCUGAAAUUGAACAGCAUGCUAUCACCUAUGUCAGACGUUAUCGGUCAGCGGAGAAUUUCUCGAGACCACCUGUGUUCCCUGCUAGAACGGCUGUCGUUUCCGAAGAAGUACUGUAGAUUCCGUGUGACUAA